AUGUUUUAUAAAACAUUUGGUUUUUUAUUUAUUUAUUUAAUUAUUUUAAUUAGUGGUACUCUUUCUCAAAAAGAAAUAGAUAGUAGUAAUGAACAACCAGUUAUUGAAGUUUUCUUAGUACCACAUAGUCAUUGUGAUGUUGGUUGGCUUAAAACAGUUGAACAAUAUUAUACUGAAAAUGUAACAUUAAUUCUUAAUAAUGUCAUUGAAACUUUAACAAAAGAUAAAUCAAAAAAAUUUAAUUGGGCUGAAAUAAUUUAUUUUGAAAGGUGGUGGAAUGAUCAAAAUGAAACUUUACAAAAUCAAGUUAAACAAUUAAUUUCAAAUAAACAAUUUUAUUUUGUAGGUGGUGGAUGGACACAAAAUGAUGAAGCAAUAACGGAUUAUCAAGCAGUAAUUAAUCAAAUGACAUUAGGACAUCAAUUUCUUUUCAAUCAAUUUGGAAUUAAACCAGAGAUUGGUUGGCAAAUUGAUCCAUUUGGACCAUCAACUUUAACACCAACAUUAUUUAAAUUAAUGGGUUUUAAAUAUCAUGUUAUUAAUAGAAUUGAUGAAAGAAUAAAAUAUAUUUUCAAUGCAACUGAAAUGAAUAUUCCAGAAUCUGGUAUAAUGACAAUAGAAAGAGAAUUUGAAUUUUUAUGGUACCCAUCUUCAAAUAAUCCAAAUAUUUCAAUAUUUACUCAUGUUUUAGAUCAUCAUUAUGAAUCACCAUCUUUAACAAUUGUAGAUUAUGAAAUACCAAAUUUAACAUAUACAUCAGGAUUUGAUUUUGAAGGUAAUCCUAAAAUUAAUCCACCAAUUACAAUUUUAAAUCUUAGAUUUAGAGCAGAUUUAUUAGUAAAGAUUAUUAAAGAAAGAAUUGAUUUAUUUAGACAUAAUAAUCUUUUAUUACCAUUUGGAGGUGAUUUUAGAUUUCAAGAUUCAAAAAUAGAAUUUAAUAAUAUGGAUAAAUUAAUUAAAUUUAUAAAUUCAAAUCAAAAAACUUAUGGUGUAAAUAUAAAAUAUUCAACUGUUGAUGAAUAUUUUGAAAAAGUAAUACAAGAUACCAAUAUUAAUUGGAAGGAGGAUACAACAACAACAACGACAACAACAAUACCAAUUGGUGGUGAUGAAUUCCCAAAAUUAUCAAAUUUAGAUUAUUUUGAUUAUACGAAAUGUGAUUAUAAUGAUUAUCAAAAGUAUAAAACAUGUUCAUUAUAUUAUAGUGGUUUCUUUAGUUCUUAUUCAGAAUUGAAACAAAUUUCAAGACAAUCUGAUAGUUUAUUAAGAAUUGGUGAAUUUUUAUAUUCAUUUGCAAAUUUAAUAUCAAAUAAUAAUAAUAAUGAUGAUGAUGAUGAUGAUGAUAAUGAUUUUAAUAUUCAAUUAAAAGAAAUUUCUAAUAUAUUAGUUCAACAUAGAAAUGUUAGUGGAAUACUUACACAUCAUGAUGCAAUUACAGGUACAGCUAAAACUAAAGUUAGAGAUGAUUAUCUUUUAAUGUUGAAUCAAGUACAAUCGAAUACAAUGAAUAAUGUAAUUCCUAAUAUUGUUGGAUAUCUAUUAUCAAAUAAAUCAAUUCAAAAUUUUGAUUACUCUUGUAAUAAUACAAUCAUUAUGAAUUCACCACAAAUUGGUGAUAUAUUUUCAAUUUCAUUUACAAAUAGUUUAGGAUGGGAUCGUUCAGAAUAUAUUCAAAUUCAAUUACCACCUUCAACCAUUGUAACAGUUUAUAAUUAUAAUUUGAUUUCAAUUCAAUCUCAAAUAGUUCAAAGAUUUGAUAAAGAUAAUCAAACAUUUCUUUAUUUUAAUGUUGAAACACCAUCAUUAGGUAUUUCAACUUAUUUCAUUAUAAUUACUUCAACCAAUGAUGACAAUGUUGAUGAUGAUGUUGAUAAAGUAUUUGGUGAUGAUGAAUUAUUAAUAUAUCUUUUAAAAAAUGGAAUUUUAAGUAAACCUAUUUUAUCAGAGAUUAGUGAAAUUUCAGAAUUAUCAUCAUCAUCAUCAUCGUCAUCGUCAUCAUCAUCGUCACAAAUUACAAUCGGAAAUUCGAAAUUUAAUUUAAAUUUCAAUUAUUUAAAUGAAAAUUAUAAUCUUUUAACUUUAACAAGUUUUGAUGAUUUAAUUGAAAAUGAAUAUUCAAUACCAAUUACACAAAAUUAUAUAGAAUAUAUUAGUGGUAAUGAUAAUUCGUAUAUAUUUAAACCAAGUGGUUUACCAGUUAAUUUAAAACCAGAAUCUCCUAAAUUUUAUAAAGUUACAGGUUCAUUAGUUCAAAUGAUUACAAUUUUAUAUACAAAUAAUUGUUCACAAACUUAUAUAGUUUAUAAUUCAACAACAACAACAACAACAACAACUACUACUACUACUACUACCAACAAUGAUGAUUCACCACCAUUAGAAUUAAUAAAUGAUGAACAAUACUUUGAAAUUGAUAAUAUUGUUGCAGCAGGUUGGAAUAAAGAAAUUGGUAGUCAAUUUAGUAGCGAAUCAAUUAAUAAUGAUAAAACUUUCUAUACUAGUAAUGGUUUAGAAUUAAUUGAAAGAAAUUAUAAAUCAUUAUUUAAUGAUACAACAGAAUUUAAUAUGAUUGCUGGUAAUUAUUAUCCAGUGAUUAAUACAAUUCAAAUUUUAGAUAAUAAAUCAAAAAAACAAUUAACAAUAUUAACAAAACAAAGUUUUGGUGCAAGUAGUCAAAAUAAUGGUGAAUUAAAUUUACUUUUUAUAAGAAGAUCCACUGAUCAAUUUGUAACACUUAAUGAAACAAUGAAUGAUAUUUCCAAUCCUUUAAUUAAAAUUAAAGUAUUAUUUGGUAAUUCAAAUUCAAUUGAAAAUAUUAGAACACCACAUUCAUUAUUAUUAGAGAAUCCAUUAUUACCAAUUUAUUCAAUUGUUUCCGAUAUUACAAUAGAUAAAUGGAUAUCAAUUUAUAAUACAGUAUUUAAACCAUUUAAAACUUCAUUACCUUAUAAUUUACAUUUAUUAACAUUUACAAAACAACAACAACAACAACAACAAGAUUUCAAUGAAGAUAAUCCUUUGGAUUAUUUCAUUAGGUUUUUAAAUAUAUAUGAAAUUUCUCAAAGUGAAUCAUUUUCACAACCAAUAGAAUUUAAAUUAACAAAUUAUUUUAAUAAUUUUAAUAUUACAAAUAUUAGAGAAUCUUCAUUAACUUUUAAUUCAAUUAUUAAUAAUAAUACCAAUUCAAUAAUUUUAAAUCCAUUAAAUUUAAUUUCCUUAAUUAUUACAAUUAGUAAAAAUUAA